CGCCAGUUGAUUCAAAUUGGUCCGGGACUAACUUUUGACUCUCCUCCAGCCUCAAUUUGGGACAUUGGUGAAUAUAUAUGUAUAUUUGACUUUGAGACCUCGACAUCAACGUCCUCACCACCCUCACCCCCCUUCACCUGGCGAUAGUCCCUCCACAAGAACGAAGCCGAUUUCUCGCAACAAAGUUGCCGAAAGCCCGCACCAAGUCGUCAUCAGUCUCGGUCAUAUCCGACCACAAGACCUGAACUGUUCUUGGAUGCAUUUUCCUUUGCACGUCUGCCAAGCUUGAAUUUCGACUUCCUUCUCCUUCCCCCCGAUGACGCUCGCUAAAGACUUCCACCCCAUCGACGCUCACCCUUUUCAUGUCGGAUACAGUGUCUUGGCUGCGUUCAUCGUCGUGUUUGGGAUGUUCUCUCUUUUUUCCAAGGAGAAGUUAUAUGUUGGUGAAGCAGUUUGGGCAACGAUUUUUGGCAUUCUGAUAGGCCCUCAUUGCGCGGGGAUCUUCAACCCUCGGGAUUGGAGUAGCGGAUCACUCGACGGUGCCAAUACAAUAACCAUCGAGGUCACUCGGAUCGUUCUUGCGGUCGGUGUGUUCGCGGUUGGCGUCGAGCUCCCCAAAGCUUAUGUUGGCCGUCACUGGAAAUCUCUCACAUUCCUCCUUGUUCCAGUCAUGACAUUUGGUUGGUUUGUUUGUGGCGCCCUCAUUUACGCCCUCAUCCCAAAGCUCGAUUUCCUCAGCAGCCUCGUCAUAGCCGCAUGCCUUACGCCCACAGAUCCCAUCCUUGCGGCUGCAGUUGUUGGUGGUCGCUACGCUGAAAAACACGUGCCGACGCAUUUGAGACACCUUCUGGCUGCUGAAGCUGGCGUCAAUGACGGAGCGGCGUUCCCAAUGCUUUUCAUUGCAUUGUACCUGAUUUUCGAUCGCUCAGAUGCAGUUGCAGUGGGUCACUGGCUCUAUAUCACGUGGGCUUACGAGAUCUUUCUUGGCACGAUCUUGGGUGCUCUGCUCGGUUACUCGGCGCGCCAUCUCAUGAAGUUUUGCGAAAAGCAUGACCUGAUUGACCGCCAAUCAUACGUUGCGCAGUAUAUUUCCCUCGCCUUACUCAGUAACGGUAUCACAUCAAUUCUGGGAUCCGAUGAUCUUCUCGCUUCAUUUGCGUGCGGAACUGCCUUUGCCUACGAUGGAUGGUUUAAUAGGAAGACCGAGGAGAGCAUGUUCUCUAACGUUAUUGACUUGCUUUUUAAUUGUGCAUGCUUUGUUUACAUUGGUGCUUGGAUACCUUUUUCCGACUUCAAUUACCCGGAAGUCGGCAUCACACCUGGGCGUCUCGUUAUCAUCUCCGUUUUGGUAUUACUCUUACGACGGCUUCCCAUUGUGGUUGCCCUCUACAAAUGGAUCCCAGACAUUAGGACAUUUCGAGAAGCCGUCUUUAGCGGCUAUUUUGGCCCCAUGGGCGUUGGUGCUAUCUUCAUAUCCACACUUGCUGUCGAGGAGAUGCCCGCCUUUCGGCCCGAGCCAGGACACCCUCCAGAGACACAGCUGGAAUUGCUAUCAGUCUCUAUACAACCCAUCGUCUCCUUCAUAGUCCUUUGUUCAAUUGCAGUUCAUGGCCUAUCGAUACCAUUUUUCUCUCUUGGUCGUAGGGUGCACUCCAUUUCCCGCACAUGGUCUCGGCACACCAGUAUGGAUCCAUCGGGUCAACCAGAAUGGACCACGCAAGCACGUCGCAUCACGCGCCCAGGAGACAUUGUUAUCAACCACGAUCCUGAAGACGUCCAGAGGAUGGAACGUGGUGAAUUGACAACGGUUUUCGGAAGCGGGAUGUCCAGCGACAUUGUUGAUGAGAAGAAAGGAAACUUUAGUGACGACGUCGUCGCAGCAGGGGAGAGUUUGGGUCAGGAGCUUGGGGACAGUGUGCAAGAGGACCGAAAAACUCCCCCAGGCGAUGCGUCAGCUUCAGAUGGCGAGCGACAGAGGGACGAAGUAACUGAGUGGCGAGAAGGAAAAGAUCUCAUUAUCGAGAGGGCGGUUGGGGAUGGAGAAGAGGUCGAGGUGGAAGUGGUCAAAAAUGCUUUUGACAAUGAAAAGGGGGCCGUCUCACAUAUCCUCCGAGGUGUCAAAGAGAACGUCCGGCACCACGUUCAAAAUGAAUUGGGAAAAGUCAUCAGCGUGGAGGAUGGCCUCCUUGGGCAUGAGCCUCUUAAACACCAGGAGCGGAACAACGUGCAAUCAUCGAGUGAUGAAUCGCCCUCAUCAAGGAUCGGCGUUGAAAUCCCUCAGGACCGGACUCCCGUUGAGGGUUCUCGGGAGUAUGGGGAUGGCGAGGACUUCUCCCCAGCAUCAUCGAGCCCACUCGCCAGUCGCAUGAAUGCAGGGAUGACUGAAACUUGUGACCAAGAGCGCACUCCACCUUCUGGGGAUUCCCCUUCUGGUUCAACGCCAGCACGAUCAGGGGCUUCAUCCCCUACUGGGUCCCCCCGGCGGCCACCUGUUAUCAGACCCAGUGUGAUGAACUCACGCCGAACGUCCUUCCGGCGUCGUUUGUUCGCCCGACCAAAACACUUACACAUUAAGUCCCCGGGACGCUUGUCUUCGGAUGAUGAUGAGAUGGUAGAAGCAUCUGGAGAGGAGGAAAGUGAGCGGGACGAACGUGAGGACUCUUCGCGAGAGACGGAGAGUGCACCAGACAGCCCAGUGGCCAAUGUGGUCGCACCGGGUGUUCGGAUGCUUGCGGAGGAAGGCCGUACUUUCACAUCUUCGACGGGCAUACCGAUGGAGCGGUCAUUGUCAGUGAAUUCAGUGUCCAGCGCAACCCCCCAAACACCGGGGGAAAGCAGUGGCACGUCAACUCUAAACCCUAUCAUCUUGCGACAACGUCUAACUCAUCUGGACGAAUAUCGAUCGGGUCAUAGACGGAGCGAGUCUCCAAGUUCAAGGGCAAUUCGGUUCGUCGAUGAUGAAUUCCAGCGGGCGCACCAACAUCGUUCGGCUCGUGGCUACUCAUCACCUCGGGGAAGUCGUCGUGCUCCAAAUGCUAUCGACUUAGGGGCGAAGGAGUGGUUCUGCCACGCCUGGCACCUAUCGAUUUCCUCACAUGCAGUCUCGGUCCCCCUCGCGUGAACAUCACAAUCAUCCGUCUUCGCAUUCGUAGAUCAGUUUAAUUGCUGUGUAUUUCCUUCUCACUUGCAGUUCCCGCCGUCCCCGGACUGUACUCUCACCAACUUCACGGCAUGGCAUCCCGUAUCACACUGGAUGUUGUGUCCAUGCUGAGUCUUUUUUUCAUUCUUGUGCUCUGUCUCAUGCCAAACUUGUUAGAUUAAUAAUGUGUACGCAGGGUGACCACAUGCUUGCUUUCAAUGAUCGUUUUCGGGUUAUAGAGUUCGUACAGAGCUAAUACGUUGGCUAUGCUUGGUAGCGGUGACUGUAAAUAUUCUCUAAGCCUGCCACAUGAUUAUGUAUUCCUAAUCCCUCGGCUUCGUCUGGGACCGUAGUUAGCAUUUAGGAAUAGUGUAUUCACUGU